CCUUGUCUCGGCCAUGUUAGACGCUCAGAAGAUCGCAGAGAAUGCGGUGGCGGCAAAGAAAGAACAGCUACACGCCAUCGGCAGGUUCCUAUGGGAGAACCCAGAGAUCCGUUUCGAGGAGCAUAAGGCCCACGACACCAUUUGCACUUUCCUUGAAACAGAAGGUUUCGACGUCAAGAGGCACUACGUUCUACAGACUGCCUUCCGCGCUGAAUACGGAGAAGGUUCGUCCCCCGUUGUGGCCCUCCUGUGCGAGUAUGACGCUCUACCAGGAAUCGGCCAUGCAUGCGGACACAACCUGAUUGCCCAGAGUGCUCUAGCCGCGGCAGUGGUAGUGCGUGAGCUAAUGAAAACACACGAACAGUUGUGUGGAGUGCCGCUACAAGGAAAGGUUGUGGUGCUGGGCACACCCGCUGAAGAAGGCGGUAUGGGCAAAGAACUGCUGCUACGAGCCGGUGCCCUUGACGGCGUCGAUGCGGCCCUGAUGGCGCAUCCAGAGAAAGGGACCGCAUUGCGUGUAAUCCUGUCUGCGCGAUGUGGAGUUACAGCUCUCUUUGAGUGCGCUGGAGAAGAACAUGACGUGCAAUCCAGCGCUUUGGACGCCGCUGUACUCGCCUACUCGGGCUUGUCACUUAUACGCGCUCGCAUGGACCCGGAGUGUAGAAUGCAUGGCGUGUUCCUGCGCUCUGAGGCGACGUCUGCACUGGAGGUUCGUCGCAGCCAGUUACAUUUCUGUGUGCGGGCUCCGAGCACCGAAAGGCUCCUGAAAGUGCGCGCUGAGCUAGAGGCUUGCAUGGAAGCGGCCGCCAAGGCCACGGGCUGCAACGUCCACAUCGCUGAGAAGGAAAUCUUCUGCAAGCACAUGAACCUGAACGAACCACUGCUGAGAAUCUUCCAACGGCACGCAGAGGCGCAAGGAUUGGUAUUCGAAGACGCCCAUACAUGCCGGGCACAGCUGUCCGGCGCAACGUCAGACAUUGGCAAUGUGUCUCACGCGAUGCCCACCAUUCAUCCUAUGUAUCGCAUCGAGUCAGCAGCUAUGAAUCAUACCGCGGAAUACUGCCGGGCCGCUGGCACCAGGCAGUCGCAGGAGACGUCUCUUGUGGUGGGAAAGGCAUUGGCGCUCACAGCAUUUGAACUUCUUUGCGACCGCCCACUCCUGGAUUCGGCCAGAGAAGAUUUUGAACGCAGCUGUAGCAAGCACAAUGUAUGAAUGCCGCGUCACGCAUGCACAUGUUGAAUGUAUUGUUUUCUUUCCUGUGGGGCCGCAGUAUGGCGACAUAUAUGUAGA